CUGGAUGUGUAAAUAAGUGUUAUUUAUUGUAAUUUAUGUUGAAUUGGACCUAUUUUGAGAUAUCUCCUGAAUUAAAAGUCUGCCAUCCCUCCAGCACUUUCACCAUGUAUUUGGAAAACAAAAACAACAUGGAGAUGGAGAUGUCUCAGGCGUCGGCCCAAGGCCAUCAGGGGAGGAGCAGCCUGAGGUCACCGGAGGCGGUCGCGGGGAACUUUGGGGAGCUGCGUCUUCUGCAGGGGAUCUCAGAGAGGAGGGACACGCAGAAGCUGCAGCAGUCCGCGGUGCUGCCCUCAGGACAGUGCGUCAUCCAUUCUGAGGGCUUUGUCCCUGUUCGACAAGAGGAUGGUUUCAGCGUGGUUAAUAUUCUCAGAGGAAAAACAAACUCAGCCAACAUUACAGAGAGGUCUCCUCUGCUGAGAUUCUCUCAGGAUGACAGCAUAACCUACAUGACCCUACACGACCCCAGCUUUGUUGGAGGGGAAGAGCCCUGGGACAACAGCUCCCUGGACCUGGAGAAGAGAUACCGGCUGGGCAGUGAGGUCACCAGCCUAUCCCUGUCCCGCUCCAGCUCCUCUGAGAAGAAUGACCCUCUGGAAAACCUCAACCUCAGCCCGAGACUCACCAGUAGUGUAAAAUGCUGCUUCAAGGUGUCCAAAAUUGCCACUAUGUUUACUAUUGUCGUCCUCUGCAGUCUGUUCUUCAGCAUGUAUCCAGACCGAGACAACCCCUGGAGGAUGUUGGCAGUCUCAUCAACAGACAGUUUCUCAAUGAACCUGACAAAUUUUCGAGACAACGCUUUGCUGAAGCUCCAGGUGGGAGGGCCUUUCACAGGAGGGAUGGUCGACCUCACCAACCAGGAGUACAUCCUGAUCCAGGUGGAGCAGACGGAGCAGGCGGGACAACGGAGGAGGAGGACUCAGCAGGUGAUUCAUAAUUGGACCAUCCCUCUGCAUAGUGAACGGAGUGACCAGAUACUGGUAACAAAGACAUUCGAGAUGCUCAGCAGUGAUCCCAUCAUCAUCUCGGUCCAGGCCUUCCUGCAGGAUAAUGAGGUGGUGCCGUUAUCCAUGACCCACCAGUCGCUCUACGUCAAUGUGGAGACACAGGUGGCCAUCGCUGGAAUCAUCCUGACCGGGGUCUAUGUCCUCAUCAUCUUUGAGAUUGUGCAUCGCACCCUGGCGGCCAUGCUGGGAUCUCUGGCAGCCUUAUCUGCUCUGGCUAUCAUUGGUGAUCGGCCCAGUCUGGUGACUGUAGUGGAGUGGAUCGACUAUGAGACGCUGGCUCUUCUCUUUGGCAUGAUGGUGCUGGUGGCCAUUUUUUCAGAGACUGGCUUCUUUGAUUACUGUGCUGUGAAGGCUUACCAAUUAUCCAGAGGGAGAGUGUGGCCUAUGAUCAUCAUCCUCUGCCUCAUUGCUGCCAUUCUCUCUGCUUUUCUGGACAAUGUGACCACUAUGAUGCUUUUUACUCCAGUCACCAUCAGGUUGUGUGAGGUGCUUAAUCUAGACCCCAGACAUGUCCUGAUUGCAGAAGUAAUCUUCACCAACAUUGGAGGGGCUGCCACAGCUGUCGGAGAUCCACCCAAUGUGAUUAUAGUAUCAAAUCAGGACCUGCGCAGAGAAGGAAUUGAUUUUGCCAGUUUCACAGGCUACAUGUUCCUGGGAAUAUGUCUCGUCCUCCUCACCUCCUUUCCUUUCCUGCGGAUGCUCUACUGGAACAAAAAACUCUACAACAAAGAGUCCAUUGAAAUAGUUGAACUCAAGCACGAGAUCUUGGUUUGGAGGCAGACGGCUCAGCGCAUUAACCCCGCCAGCAGAGAGGAGACAGCUGUGAAAUGCCUCCUGAUGCAAAAAGUCCUCAACCUGGAAAGUCUGCUCCGCAAGAUGAUGAAGACCUUCCAAAGACAAAUUUCUCAAGAGGACAAGAACUGGGAGCAGAAUAUUCAGGAAUUGCAAAAGAAGCACAGAAUAACCGACAAGGUCCUCUUGGUGAAGUGUGUGUCCGUCCUCAGCGUGGUGAUUUUCAUGUUCUUCCUCAACUCCUUCGUUCCCAGCAUUCAUCUUGAGCUCGGUUGGAUUGCUAUCCUGGGUGCACUGUGGCUUUUGGUUCUGGCUGACAUUCAGGAUUUUGAGAUCAUCUUGCACCGGGUGGAGUGGGCCACGUUACUGUUCUUUGCUGCCCUCUUCGUUUUAAUGGAGGCUUUGGCCCAGCUGCAGCUUAUCGACUAUAUUGGAGAACAGACAGCACUGCUUAUAAAAGCGGUGCCAGAAGACCAGCGCUUGGCUAUAGCCAUUAUCUUGGUGAUGUGGGUCUCGGCUCUGGCUUCUUCUCUCAUUGACAACAUUCCCUUCACUGCCACCAUGAUUCCAGUUCUCAUCAACCUCAGUCAGGAUGCAGAUGUCAACCUUCCAAUAAAACCUCUCAUCUUCGCCUUGGCCAUGGGAGCCUGUCUCGGGGGAAACGGCACAUUGAUAGGAGCAUCAGCCAAUGUAGUGUGUGCAGGAAUUGCUGAACAACAUGGCUACGGCUUUUCCUUCAUCGAGUUCUUCAGGUUAGGAUUCCCAAUGAUGAUCAUGACGUGUAUGAUCGGCAUGUGCUACCUGCUGGCCACCCACAUCGGACUAGGAUGGAACAUGUAAUACACAA